AUGGAGCCGAGCGAAGAGCGACAACGCGCCAGGCGAAGAGCGACAAUACGCCAGGCGAAGAGCGACAAUGCGCCAGGCGAAGAACGACAACGCGCCAGGCGAAGAACGACAAUACGCCAGGCGAAGAGCGACAAUGCGCCAGGCGAAGAACGACAAUACGCCAGGCGAAGAACGACAAUACGCCAGGCGAAGAACGACAAUACGCCAGGCGAAGAACGACAAUACGCCAGGCGAAGAGCGACAAUACGCCAGGCGAAGAACGACAAUACGCCAGGCGAAGAGCGACAAUACGCCAGGCGAAGAAUGACAACGCGCCAGGCGAAGAAUGACAAUACGCCAGGCGAAGAGCGACAAUGCGCCAGGCGAAGAGCGACAAUGCGCCAGGCGAAGAACGACAAUACGCCAGGCGAAGAGCGACAAUGCGCCAGGCGAAGAGCGACAAUGCGCCAGUCCCUCCCCUCCAUCAACCCUAACUAUCCCCCUAACUGUCCCACUCAGUCCCUCCCCUCCAUCAACCCUAACUAUCCCCCUAACUGUCCCACUCAGUCCCUCCCCUCCAUCAACCCUAACUAUCCCCCUAACUGUCCCACUCAGUCCCUCCCCUCCAUCAACCCUAACUAUCCCCCUAACUGUCCCACUCAGUCCCUCCCCUCCAUCAACCCUAACUAUCCCCCUAACUGUCCCACUCAGUCCCUCCCCUCCAUCAACCCUAACUAUCCCCCUAACUGUCCCACUCAGUCCCUCCCCUCCAUCAACCCUAACUAUCCCCCUAACUGUCCCACUCAGUCCCUCCCCUCCAUCAACCCUAACUAUCCCCCUAACUGUCCCACUCAGUCCCUCCCCUCCAUCAACCCUAACUAUCCCCCUAACUGUCCCACUCAGUCCCUCCCCUCCAUCAACCCUAACUAUCCCCCUAACUGUCCCACUCAGUCCCUCCCCUCCAUCAACCCUAACUAUCCCCCUAACUGUCCCACUCAGUCCCUCCCCUCCAUCAACCCUAACUAUCACCUAACUUCCCUCCCCUCCAUCAACCCUAACUAUCCCCCUAACUGUCCCACUCAGUCCCUCCCCUCCAUCAACCCUAACUAUCCCCCUAACUGUCCCACUCAGUCCCUCCCCUCCAUCAACCCUAACUAUCCCCCUAACUGUCCCACUCAGUCCCUCCCCUCCAUCAACCCUAACUAUCCCCCUAACUGUCCCACUCAGUCCCUCCCCUCCAUCAACCCUAACUAUCCCCCUAACUGUCCCACUCAGUCCCUCCCCUCCAUCAACCCUAACUAUCCCCCUAACUGUCCCACUCAGUCCCUCCCCUCCAUCAACCCUAACUAUCCCCCUAACUGUCCCACUCAGUCCCUCCCCUCCAUCAACCCUAACUAUCCCCCUAACUGUCCCACUCAGUCCCUCCCCUCCAUCAACCCUAACUAUCCCCCUAACUGUCCCACUCAGUCCCUCCCCUCCAUCAACCCUAACUAUCCCCCUAACUGUCCCACUCAGUCCCUCCCCUCCAUCAACCCUAACUAUCCCCCUAACUGUCCCACUCAGUCCCUCCCCUCCAUCAACCCUAACUAUCCCCCUAACUGUCCCACUCAGUCCCUCCCCUCCAUCAACCCUAACUAUCCCCCUAACUGUCCCACUCAGUCCCUCCCCUCCAUCAAUCCCUAA